CGCAGGUGCGCAGAGGAGUGGCCGCUUGGUUUGUGCCCAUUUUAAGUCAACGCCUGUCAUCUGACUGGAAUGCGCGCCUCACACACUGCAGCUAUACCAGUCUGUUAUCUUCUGCCUUAACAUUCCUCCAGACCGCGCACAUUACAGCUUCAAUCGACAACUCCGUUCUGGCCAUCAUCUCCCCAUCAGCUUGAAAGCCUCAGAAUGUCAGUGUCUCUUUCCUACACAUCAUCUCCACUGCUCUCCAGUGUCCCGUCACUGUCGGGUGAUACAAACGCCACGUCAUGCCAGGACUGGGAACAGUCUCAUCACCUGCUGUUCCACCUGGCCAACCUGAGCCUCGGUGUGGGAUUCCUCAUCCCCACCACACUCGCGCUUCACAUGAUCCUCCUCAGACUGCUGCUGAUGACAGGCUGCUCUUUGCUCAUAGCGUGGGCCACGUUAUACAGAUGCACGCUGGAUGUGAUGGUGUGGAAUGUGGUUUUCCUUUUGGUGAACUUCAUGCACUUCUUCUUCCUGCUUUAUAAACGCAGACCGAUUAAGAUUGACAGGGAGCUGAAAUCCGUGUACCAUCGCAUGUUCAAGCCUCUGCAUGUACGCGAGGCUCUGUUUCAGAGGCUCACCGGCCAGUUCUGCACCAUCCAAUCCUUAAAGAAGGGCCAGGUCUACGCGGCGGAGGACAAGACGUCUGUUGACGAGCGCCUCAGCAUUCUCCUCAAAGGAAAGAUGAGGGUAUCGUACCGCGGUCAUUUCUUGCAUAAUAUUUACACCAAUGCCUUCAUCGACUCUCCAGAAUUCAGGUCGACUCAGAUGAACAGGGGUGAGAGGUUUCAGGUGACGAUCACUGCUGAGGAAAACUGCAAGCUCCUGUGCUGGUCGAGAGAGCGUCUGACGUACUUCCUGGAGUCGGAGUCGUUUCUGAACGAGGUGUUCCGGUACCUCAUUGGCAAAGACAUCACCAACAAGCUCUACUCUCUCAAUGAUCCAACCCUGAGUGACAAGGCUGUGAAGAAAAUGGACCGUCAGCCGAGCCUGUGCUCUCAGCUGUCCAUGAUGCAGAUGAGGAACAGUAUGGCGAGCACCAGCGACACGGACGACGUUCUCAACCAGAUCCUGAGGGGCGGCUCAACUGGAUCAUCACUCCAGAAAAAUCCUCUGACAAAAUCAUCCACGGCUAUGAAGCCAAUUGAAGAAGGAAUGGAAGAUGAUGUUUUCGAAUCUGAAUCCCCCACUACCUCCCAGAACAUUGGCAGGAGUCCCAGAGAAGACAUGUAAAGCGUGUUUUAUCACCCCACGCUACUAGACUUUUCACUGUAUUUCACUGUACAUUCUAUAGAAAUUAAUGUACAAUUAAUUGAAAAGGAAAAGAAUUCAGGCUCAUGCUCAGAUUACACAGUUCUGCAUAGAGAGACCCCUGAUUAAAUGAGAUUUGUCCUAGUAUUACAGAAUUCUUUUAAUUUACAUUGGAUACUAUCACAUUUAAAAUAAUAUAGUCCUGCUUUAGUAGAGUUUGUUUAAAGAAAGCAAAAGAAAUACCUGUCACAAUUUAAAAGAGGGCCUAUUAUGCCCUUUUAUAAAGUCUUGAUGUUGUUUUUGUGCUCUACUAGAACAGGUUUUCAUUCUUGAAUGUUAAUUAUUUUCCUCAUAUUCUCCAUUGUUGCAGCUCCUCUCUUCCCAGUCUGUCAGUAACGCUCUGUUUAGUUACUGUCUCUGUGAAGCUCCUCCUUCUGAAAAGCUCAAUGUGCUCUGAUUGGUCGGCUGAACCAGUGUGUUGUGAUUGGUUAAGGGCUUCCAGCAUGUUUGGGAAAUGUCCUGUCCCUUAUCAUAACUGCCAGUUUCAACACACUACUAACUCAACCAGGCCCUGCCCAUUUAUUUUGCAUAUGCCUAUUUAAAUCUGCAGGCAUAAGUUUUGCCUCUUUGUCUCCAUCUCUGUUUGAAACCUGCAAUUGCAGUUAUUUGUGGAAUUAUCAUCUUUACGUGGGUUGUGCACCGAUACGACUCCUCAGCACAGAUUAAUCUAAUGUUUGCUGUUAGUCACAACACUGGUGUGGAUACUGUACUUCACAAUCACAGAUUGUAGUCUUGAAGUAUGACCAAAAUAAGAAUUUUCACCGGAAAAUGUCAUCUGAACAAGCAAGUAACAUGUCUGCCACUUUUGUUCUGACCAACUGAGACAAAAACAAUAAAUCGCGCUGCCAAUGGUGAUUAAAUCUAAUGAUCGUUUAGCUCAGAUCACGUCAAACCAUGCAAACUAUUAUUAUUGUUAUACUUUGUUCUCAAAUUGUUAAUGUUAACAACAUCAGCAUUGUGUGACUGUGUAUUUAUUGUGUAUUAGCGUUACCUGUAGAUUUCAAUUUCUGUAGCCACUCCGCAGUCCGAAGUCUUUUGCUUUUGACUACGGGUGAAUCUCCAGUUUCUGGAUUACAAUCCGCCAUCAAAAUGAUAAGUUUAAUUAUUGCAGCUGCUGUGAGAAAAGCCUAUAAAUGAUCCGUCAGCAGCAGCAUCCUCCACAUGCCAUAUUACCCUACUAGAUGGGACUCGUUCUCUAUGUAAAUAGACAUGUCCUAAUGACACAAAGAUGAACGGCGGCAUGCUUGAAUUUCCCGCGGAAACCCACCAGUACCAUCUGGAUUAGGAAACAUUACAAGCUAAGGAAAUAGUUUUGAACACUGGCUGCUUAUGUACUUGCUCAAAAAUUGAUUUUGGAUAAUUUUAACCAAAAAAAGUUACGGACUGCAGAGGAAUAUUGUGACGUGUUUGUUCCCGAAAGAAAACUCGACUACAAGGAAGGAGUUUCAGGGAGUUCAGAUGUUCAGAAACAGUGACUCUGAUAUAGAGAAUAACUCCCGCUGGAGGGACUUUGUGCUUUGUAAAUCUGCAGAGCUUUUGAUGCUCAAACAGCAACAUUACACACUAAAAAAAGAUGAACAUGGAAAAAAAGCAGAAUAGGACUCCUUUAAAUUAUUCAGAACAGGAUUUAGGAUUCUUUUUUGUUGUUGAUGUUUUUAUUCUUUAUGGUUUUAUUUUGAAUUUUGCUGAGACAUGCCUACAGUGAGUUAACUACAAUUUGUUAAUUGUGUGAUUAAGUGUGGGGUAACAGAAGUACAUGCUUUUCCUCAAUAAAUGUAUCACCUUUUUUCAUGAGAGCUUGUUAAGUGAAAAUGAAUUAGAUGCAGCUUUAAAUGGGUGGUUAAAGAACCAGGCAUGACCUGAUUAAAAA